UUCUUGGUGACCAUGGGGUUCAGGCGGACUACAGCAAACCAUCCGAGGAUAUAUACCUGUCGUUCUCCUCCUCGUUCUUGUUAGAAGACAAAGGUCUGGACUUUUUUCGCUGGAUGACUGGAGAGCCUCAAAAGUCUAAGAAUUUACGUCUUCCAUCUUGGGUUCCCGAUUUCGGUCCAAGAUCUAUUACGCCAAUCUCCUCUUUUCUGCCCUACCAUGAUCUAGGAGAGUCGCAGCGAGUAUUCAUGACAGCUGGACCAGACCGUUCAAGAUCGUUGUCUGCUAUUCAGUUUGGAGAUGACCCUCGUACGCUGAUUCUCCAAGGCCAUCUGUUUGACGUGGUCAGCCAAUGUGGAGAGAAGUACCCCUCCUCAGAUGACAUCGGUCUUGCUGGUCACAAAAACAGACCGAUUCUUGACGAUUGGAAGAACAUGGCUAUCAAAACUCAGUCUGAAAUGUAUCAUUCGUCCAAUGCUAAAGAUGAUGCCUUUUGGAGAACAAUUUUGACCGACCGACAGAUCGAAGGGCUCCAUUUCAAAGAAAAUGCUGGAUGGAACCCAGCACAACGACUGCCAGCGAAGAUAGAAUACAUUCCACCCAAAACCACAAAGGAGGAAAGAGACCUGUUGCAAGCUAUGGAGAAACGACAACUUUGCUUGAAUGGACGAAGGUUUUGCAUAACUAAGAAGGGUCAUUUCUGCUUACUGCCACCGACUGUUUCCAAAAAGGAUGUGAUCUGCGUAUUACUGGGCGGAGAAGUGCCCUACUUACUUAGGCGUACCGAUGAUCAAAGCCAAGAUUCAUAUACGAUGGUGGGAGAAUGUUAUGUGCAUGGAAUCAUGGAUGGUGAGGCUGUUGCCGACAUUCUGGCAGGCAAAGACAAGGCCGAUAUCUUCAGGCUGCGUUAAGGGUAAAUCUGUUUACGAGAAAUAAGAUGUAAUGAUUUGCGUCACUUGGUGUUCGGAACCCGCUUCGUUUCUUUUAGGGUAACGGCGCUGUUUGCAAUGGACAUGAGGUACAGUAACGUUGCGCCAGUAGCCAGAGCCUACGUUGCAUGAUUGUACAUAUGGACUGAAGUAGUAAGUAUCGUUCUGUUACAGGGGUUGUCCCGCUAUGGUUGGAUGCACGUAACUUCAAAAGCCUAGUUCAACAAGUGCUUGGUAAAGUGGGAU